AGUUACGACGUAGUAGCGACACAGUCAGUCAGUGAGUGAACCAAGUUUCCAGCGACUCAGCCAUCACGGUCUGAAAAACUUAGUUUUUGUUGUUGCGAAAUGAACUCCCUCGGCGGCUGCUGGUGGGGUUUGUCCGGCGGUAGAAGACCGUGAUAGUCGGGUUGUUGGAGGGGGGAAGCUCGGUGCUCCGGAGAAGCAGAAUAUGGGUCAGACGGCGGUGUCUGCCGUGUCUCAGGCUGCGAGCGUUGAUGGGUUGGAGAAAUCCUCAUCACUGGCCAGCUGUGACGUGGUGGUGGACAGUGCCACCAACACCCAGAAUGCCCCUGCGUCACGGCAGCAGCGAGGCAAGCUGUCAUCUCUAGGAAAACUGUUCAAACCCUGGAAGUGGAGGAAGAAGAAGACCAGCGACAAGUUCCAGGAUCUUUCCAAAGUUCUGGAAAGAAAAAUCUCCACCAGACAAACGAGGGAGGAGCUCAUCAGGAAAGGAGUUCUCAUCCCUGACCAAGAGGAAACAAUCAGCAGUGAAAAUCUGAAUGGCCAUGCCACAUCCAGUGUGACAUCAGAGGAGGUCAAAGUUCACAUUGAGUCUCCAGAAACGACGCUGGAGGAACAGGCCUCCGGGCCCGUCGGCACCGAGGACAAAAAAGAGAGGUGUGAUACUAAACCCCUUGUCCGGGGAAACCAGGUGCGACCUCGAGACGUUCAGGCUAAAAAACAGCAAAGUGCCACUCUGCCCGCCUCUUCCAAACCCGCGGGUGGCACCGCAGCCGCAACCCGGCACAGAGACGGUGCCUCAGGGACUAAAAAGACCACUAAAACCACAGGCAAGACAGGCUCAUCCACUCAAGCUAAAGCUAACCCGCGGAGCACUAACAACACUAGUCGCGGGAUUGCUAAACCUUCCCAUCCAAAGAAGGCAGGAUGCACAACAAAAACCACUGCUGCCUCCACCCUCACCCCUCGUUCUCGUGCGACUAAGGACGACGCCGCUGCAGCACAGACUGGUGGGACAGAUGCAAGGACCAACCGGAAAUCAGACACUCCCACCUCUUCCCCUGUACCUCAAAAGGGCUCUGCAGAGACUCCUAGCCAGCCCGGGGAGUUAAAAUCCUCGCCUCUCUCCUCAAACACCAAGCCUGCCUCGUCGAAAGCCUCAGGCAAUGAGACAGAGGGAAUACAGGCUGCUGCUCAGCCUGGUCUCGAGCCUAAAUCUGCUCCCAAAGCCACUGCUGCGGGUGAGGAGACCCACAAAGGUAUGGCUCCUGAUCCCACAGUCCAGUCUCCCCAUAUCAACUCUGCUACCGAGGACACUUCCUUCACAGAGGGAGAGAGACGGGGGAGGACGGGAGGGGAGGGAGGAGAAGAAGAAAAGAAGAAAGGAGAAAUGGCGUCUGCUGUGGAGAACUGCCUGAGGUCAGCAGAGCGCCAGGCUGAAAAGCCGCAGGGCCUCAGCGUGAACACGGAGAAGGCCGAGGUGACGGUGAUCCCUGAUAGGCCGAGAGACAGUCAAACUAGUGACUCUGAUUCCGAUGGACCAAUCCUGUACCGCGAUGAGGAGGACGAGGAGGAAGACGAGUACACAACCAGCUCUCUGGCAAUUAAGAUCCGCAGACGAGACACCCUGAACAUCAAGCUGGGGAACCGACCUAGCAAGAAAGAGCUAGAGGAGAAAAACAUUCUGCCUCGGAGCUCCGAGACAGAGAGACACGAGCUUCGCCAGCAAAUAGGCAGCAAACUAGUCAGGCGCCUGAGCCAAAGACCCACCACAGAGGAGCUGGAGCAGAGAAACAUCCUCAAGCAAAAGAAUGAAGCAGAAGAGCAAGAAGCCAAGCAGGAGAUUAAAAGGAGACUCUCCAGAAAGCUGAGUGUGAGGCCCACAGUGGCAGAGCUCGUAGCUCGCAGGAUCCUGCGUUUUAAUGAGUACGUGGAGGUAACGGACGCCAAGGAUUAUGACCGGCGGGCAGACAAACCCUGGACACGGCUUACUCCCGCUGACAAGGCUGCUAUCCGUAAGGAGCUGAAUGAGUUUAAGAGCCGAGAGAUGGAGGUUCAUGAAGACAGCAAACAGUUCACCAGAUUCCAUCGGCCCUGAGCGCUCUCACUGCCAGCUGGACGUCAGCACCACAAGCUCUCCGGUCCACAGCUCCCAGCAGUCUCCCGGCCCUCCAGACCCUCAGUACACAGCUCAGUCUACUUUGCUUUGGGAUCCUCUUGCACCUGAUGAUAUGUUUAUUUGACAGCUACAGGUGUGUCUUAAGGCCUUGGCCAAGCAAUGGACACCAGUGAAACAUUUGCACAUAUCUAAAAUCAAUGGUGUCUAUAGCAUUCUGAUUAGAACCAUUUAUUUAUUGCAGAUGGCCAGAUCCUUCUGGUAUGUGAUUGGUUUUUUGUUGUUGUCUGUUUUUGGUUCACUUCCGGCCUUGUAAUGAGACGUUCAAUGGAGGAAAAAUGGGCAAAAUGACCCUCGUAGUAGUGAAUGUGGCUCAAUUGUACUUUGAGUUUGUGUACUUGCGAAGGUAUGCCUUGACGUAAACUGCCAAAUGGCCAAAUAUGGGCAUCCUCCUAGGCCAGGAAAUGGGAGCGAUUGGAUGGUUGUGUGCUGAUGUCAGUGCCUAUGUCACAGAUCCGAGGGGAGGAGAGGCAGUUUGUUCUGCCCCUAUGUGCCUCUUGGAGUUGAAUCUGAAAUACUGCAGUUCAUUUUUAGACAUAUUUAAAGUAUAUUGCCACUAGAGGGCAUUAUAUUAUAAGAGUUAUAGAAUGUAAGUACAGAGAUGUGUAUGUAGAUGAAGAACAGCCUGCGAGUGUUGUAUUUAUAACUGCUGAAGCUGAGAGUUCGGUGGAAACCUGAGGCUUUAAUAGUGAAGUGCAAUGAAAAUCAUUUAAAUUCUAGCCAAUUCCAAUCCCUCAGCGCUCUUCCUGAUGAUACAUAAUGAUCAUGUACCAUCAUAUAUCCUGUGUUGAGUUAUUAAGUGCAAAUCUCUGAUCACAAAGUGCUGGACUUGCUGUUUAGAAGGCUUUGACUUCAGUUUUUUAUUUUAGGCUUUUGGCUGGAGCUCUUACUCAGAGUGACUUGGUGCCAAAGAAAAAAGCAGGAAUUUAAUUUGAUUGUAUUUUGGCCUUAUUUGAACGUUUACAGGUUCGAUUUUGUUGACUUCAUAUAAAGGUUUUAUGAAUGAGAAUAAGCACUGAGAGUUUCACCACUGAAGCAUUCAACAGGCUUUAAGAAGAAGUGGAGGUACUUUAUUUUCCAUUUUCUCAAACUGUCAGCCUGUGAUAGAUAUGUAAGGAGAGACUUGGUGACAAGUAGCCCUUUUACGCUUUGUCCUAACAUGCACCUUGAAUCCAGAUCCAUUUCUCUUUUGGCUUCCAAACUGUAGAAUUUAUCAUGGACCUGAAAAUUUAAAGGAAUUGUUCAACAUUUGCAGAAAUACACUAGAAAAAUGUGUCAGGUAAUUUCAUUAGUCAGUCAACAGGAAACUAGUCUGAAACUAAUGUCAUAAUUGAUCAGUCAUUUCAGUAAUUAACAAAACUGUUGCUGCUCAGGUGAAGAUUUGAUGCUGUUUUUGUCAUAUAUGAUAUUAAACUGAAUACCAUAGGGAUCUGGAUAAAACGAGCAAUUCAGAUUGAAUUUAGAAAAUUAUAAUGGGAAUUUUCCAUUUUAUAGAUGAAACAAUAAAUCAAUUAAUAAAGAAAAUAAUGGACAGAUUGUCUAAGUAAUUGUUAGUUGAAGCGCUAAAAUGUAAAUGUACACUCUAAUUUUUGUACGCUAAAUAUAGAGUUACAGAAAACAGGCCAUUAGCUUGGAUUAGCAUAAACUGGCUCUUCAGUUUUUAUAAACAUUAAAUAUAUAUAUGAUACAUGUUUUUAACCUUUAAACAGAGUCAGCCUAGCUGUUUCCCCCUCUUUCCAAUCUUUAUGCUAAGCUAAGCUAAUCGCCUGCUGGUUGUAGCUUCAUAUUUAGCGCACAGGCUAUUUCUCAAAGUGGUGAACUAUUCCUUUAAUAUCACAUGUAAGGCAAAGUUAAAACAUUAAUGCGUCUUAUAGUGAUCUAAGCUGGCCCACGGGAGGUUAUGAAGUAGCAUUUCAACCUAUUUUAUAUUCCACUGCUCUUUGGGAUUCAAUUUGUAUUUGCACUCUUUUUAGAAGUCUGGAUUGAAUUGUAUUGUUAGGAGAUUAAAGACAAAUAGGUAACAGUGUUGGCUGCACAACAACUUAACUACACUGAAGAGGAUUUACUUUUGUUUAAAUGUGCAGAUACACAGAAAGUUGGUGUAUGUGUGGAAUUAUGGUUUUUGGACAUUUGUAUCACAGUUUGGUGCAUUUAUAGAUUUUCUGCUUCUAAGUGAUUCAUCAAGAUAGAAUCCAGAUACUCGUGACGUAUAUCAAUGCAAAAUGUAGAGGCGAUCAAUUAAUAAUGAUUUGUUUUUGUGUGAAUGCCAGAAUGUUUGGCUGACUAAAAGAAACUGGAGCCUAUAACUUUCUCUCUAAAAUAUGUUAGGACUAAUAUAAGAAGCUGGGACCUUUACUCACUGCAGUGGAUAUAAAAGUUAAACAAAACGUUCUUUCUCCUCCCAGCGUAUUUGGACUAUAAAGGAGUUGUUUGCUGAAAAGUGAUUGACAGAUUGAGCUUGCUGACGUCCGAAGGCUUGUGUUCUCGUAUUAGAUCUCUGACCCUCGUCAUCCUAACAAAAAGUAAAGAAAAGGACAGAUUGAUUCUUCCUGCUUCUGAAUGUGCAUAGGUUGUAACAUGAAGUGAUGUACAGCGAUGGAAAAGAACCAACAGUAUUCAAUAAUGUCAAUAUGUAUGUUGUUAUAUAUUGAUUAUUUUGUACAGAAUGUAUAUCGAGCAUGUGCAUACAUUGAAAUCAAUUUUACUACCAAUAUGAUACAAUAGAACUUUGAUGUGAAUGUUUUAAGCUCUGAUUUUAAUUGUCUUGUUUUUUUUUUUUUUAUCAUCCUCAGUCAGUUGUAAUGAGAUUAACAGUUCAUCACAUAUAUAAGUGCUGUUUUUAGGCAGCAUAUUAAUCACAGUAUGUAAAAUAAUUGUCAUGCCUUUACCAAACUUAUCUGUUUCCUAAGCAGACCAUGUAUAAGACAUUAUAUAGGUAGUGAUAAAUCUCUCUCUGGUUAUUUUGUAUUCGUUCCACCUCCACUUCAACUGAAGUCAGCAGGUGCAAUGCAGCGGGUAUUUCAUGGAUGGUGACUCAGUUAAAAGCAAUUUAUAAUCCUUUCUGGACCUCUCCUUUUGAUUCAUUUCGUCAAAUGACCAUAGUGCAUCCUGCACAAACUAGAAAAACCGGAUGGAUGUGACUUUAAGCUUAAUCAUGAUAAACAUGCUCAAUUUUUAACUACAUGGGUUUAGGUACAGUAAAUAAUCUGAAAGUAAACAUGAGUCUGAGCGGUAGUGUGAAAUUAGCUUCUGUAAAGGUGAACACGGUGCACACCAACAGCAAAUACUGUGAUAAAAGACCAGAAAGCUCUUUUAUUUUUUUAUACACAAAUUUAAAGUCUUACCUUGUGGUAGAGCUCUGUUUCCGUCAUGGCUGACGAUGUAAAUAUGCUGCUUGCAUCACAAAAAGACAAUACAUUAAUCCAGAUAAAGCGUAACCGGUAACAUUUAUUUUAACCCAGCCUAUUUAGCAUUAUUAAGCAGUAUAUAGUCAAUGAGUAAAAGGUUAUGUAGGUGUGUAAGCAGAUAUAAAGACGUUUAAAGGUGCUAUAACUGAUAUUUUUAUAACAAUAAUUAAUGAUAUAUGAAGUGACAGUGUCAAUAGGGAUGAACCUACAGGGCAUUAUCACCUGAAUCUGCAGCUCUCCCCAGCUUUACCGAGCUUUACAGUGAGUUUCAGCUCAUUGUACUUCAAUGUUUUGGUUCACUAUCACUGCUCGUGUUGUUUUCGGCCACAGCACCCACAGUUACCGACUAGCUGGUGAAGAUAGUGGAGCAUGCAGCAGCUAAAGAUAAUGUCCUCAGGAGCGGCUAAAGACCAAAACCUGAGCUAAAAGAGUGAAUAUUAAGGACUUACAUUCAUGGGGUGGCCAGAAAUAACUCAAAAUUAAUUGUAAUGUAACAGCUGGAUGUGUAAAUAAGCAACUAUUCGCCAUAUCAACCUAAAAGAUUUUAUCAACAACAAUUUAUCAAUACAGUGUUCACAACUUGUUUCACGGCUCCCAAGUGGCCACAUAAAUCAGUUAUUGCAGGUUCAAGUGUUUAAUAAUGUAUUGUUAACAACUUAAACUCCUCAUGAAGCAUCCACAACUGCUGAAUAAACAUGAAUACUUUGCAAUAUAUUUGCAAUCUUAUAUAAUGUCUAAUGUUUUAAACCUGUCUGUGAAUGAUUUGUACAUGUGUACAAAUGAUUGUUUAGGAAAUGCUUUGUAACACUAAGAGUUAGUUAUGAUAACAGUCAUGUUAUACUAUGCUAUCAGUCAUUCAUUAGCUGUUUAUACACCAGUUACGGAUGCUUAAUCCGAAAGUUUUUAAUUGGUGACCAAAUACAUUAAGAAACACUUAUGUCUAUAUAUUUGCUUACAAUUUAUAAAUCAUUUAUGAAGUGUUUAUAUGCUGCUUAUCAAUACAAUACAGAGGUUACAUAGUGUUAGCUAAUAAGAGGCUUUAGAAAUCUUACCUGUUGUUGUUUUUUUUUUUUUUUUUAAAUCUAGGUUAAAAACAUUGGUGUCUUUUGUAAUAAUGAAAGUACUGCCAGGGGAGUCUUGAUUUGGGCUGUCACCACAUCUACCUUUUAAGUCUUGUUUUUUUUCCUUCAACACUGAUGCGUAAUUCCAUAUUUUAGUCCAGAGUUAUGUAUAGUAUCUGUAUAGAGUUUGGGAGAGCCUUGACAGUUGGUGUUUAAUCAUAACCAGUCAGUAUUAAAGGAGCGAGUACUGUAAAAACGAUAAUGGCUGCAGUCUGUUUCAUCUCAUCUUGUAUGAAACUGUAAAAUAAAUACAAUAAACUUAAUGAGAGUAAGACCCCAAAGACGCUUUCAAAUGCAAAAUAUGGAAUAAUAUCAAACAUGUAAUUGUCAUUACAUUUUAAAAGCCAUUUCUCUAUAAUUCCACAAUUUGUGGCCAUUUUGACACAAUUAACAAUUGUACAAUUAAUCUGCAGAACUGGAGACUCACCAGUUCAUGAAGAUGUUUACAUUUGAGGAUCUCUGCUGCUGUAAUGAUGCUUGAGGCUUCCCUUUAUCACUUCCCCCAAUCAGAUCCCCAAUUUCUGACAAGGGCCAUAAUCAGACUGCUGCUGUUGUUGAACGAAAGCCCUUUAUCUUCAACGUGUAAUCUUUUCUUGAUCUUGUGACAUCUCACUUUGGUAUUCAUUCGCUGGGGAAUCACACUAUAAACCUUCCAAAUUUAAAUGCAUUGAUUUUCUUUUCACACAACAGAUACCCAAAGGAAACAGCAAAGGACUGGAUAUUUCACAAACACCUUUACUGUAUGUUUGACACAAGAUUGAUCUUUGAAGUCGUAGAAUAAUGUCAUAUAUCCCCAAAACAUCUACUGUUACGUCCAAACUGUAUAUUGUUUUUGUAUAUAAAGAAUCGUGGAAAAACA